AAUUGGCCUCGUCGUGGUCGUGUGAUAGGGAAUCAGACACAGUACACCAGUUGGCGACUGCGAGCGGGAGGAAGAAUGGGGACGAGAGAGGUCUACGAGGAGAAGCUCAGAAGAGGAAAUCUCCAUCACGAUCCCACCAUUAAUCCAGGUCUUGGUGCUCCUCGUUGCCCCCGAUGUCUAUCCACGCUGGUUCCUAGCCCUGAUAAAGGUGAGUGGGCCAUUACUUCUGUUCUACACGAUGCCACUGCUGUGGCUGGUUCAGGCAUUGGCGGUAUGCUUGGUGCAAUCCAUGGAAUUAACACAGGGAUUCCAUACCUGCAGAAUCGUGUGAAGGGACCAAAGUGGCUUCCUUUCUUAGUUGGGCUACCUCCACUGCUAAUGUUCUCGGGUGCAAGUGCUGCAUUUGGAGGUUAUGCUCUUCCUAGUUUUGCUCAACUCACUGUUACUUCCUACUAUGCUGCCUCAAGUGCCUCACAUUAUGGGAUUUCACUGCUUACACGAUAUGUUGAAGAGUUCCAUACUUCUCGUGGUCAGCAAGAAAGUCGCUGAUAAUUUCUUGUACAUGGACAUAUUAUAUAGGACCUACACUGCACUUUAACUUCCAUUUUUGUAAGUAGUAUUACAUAUGAGCAAUAUUUCAGACAAUUCUAAAUGGUUUUUUGUUUUGUUUUUUUAAAUAUAUAAAUUGAAAUUAACUAUUUAGAUGAC